AUGCAGUACAGGGUCAUCUGCGUCCUGGGCCUCACCCUCAUGCUGGCCCUCAGCACCCUGGCCCAGGCCCCAGCCGAGACCUGUGUAGUGGACCCCCAUGAACGGAAAAAUUGUGGCCCCCCUGGAGUCACGCGGGAAGCCUGUGAACAGCAGGGCUGCUGCUUUGACGACUUGGUUACCAGAGUCCCGUGGUGCUACUACCCCGUAGCAGAAGAGUGUGACUUUUAGAAGCACUGCGUCCGGACUCGGCCUGUACCAUGAGUUGGAUCUGCCUCUGCACCUGGCCC